GAUAUCAAUCAAUUCGUAUUUUCACCUAAUGAUCCCCGCCUUUUCUCAAAUGUUUCACAAGCUAUGUCUUUAGUUGAUCUUGGGAAGAAACUUCUUGAUGCAUCCCGAAAUGGUGACGUUGAAGAAGUUAGAAGUCUCAUUAACAGUGGAGCACCGUUUACAACAGAUUGGGUUAGCUAUCUUUCGUUUUUGGGUAUUUCUCCUCUGCACUUUUCUGCCAUGAAUGGUCAUUUAACCACUUGUGAAGCCUUGCUCAGUGCUGGUAUCAGUCGUGAUGCAAGGACUAAAGUGGACCGCACCCCCCUUCAUUUAGCAGCACAAGAAGGGCACGCUGACAUUGUGGAGUUGCUUUUAAAAAACGGUGCCGACCUUGAAGCUGUUGAUACCUUAAAAAUGACUGCCCUUCACUGGGCCGCUGAACGUGGUCAUUAUCCCGUCGUACAGGUACUUAUGCGGUAUGGCGCAAAUUUAAGUCUCCAAAAUAAAUUUGAAAUGACUCCUCUCGAGAUCGCCGAAUUUCAUGGUCACGUUGAAGCCAAAGAUGCCAUGUUGACAACUCAAGUAGAAGUCAAUUCUGCUGUUGGAAAAAUGGCGGCCCCUAACGAGGACCUUGCGGACCCCAAUGCAUUCAUUAUAACAGAUGAGGAAACAGUAAUUCCUGCCGCACCUCCUGCUGAUGAAGUGAUCAUCAGCAGUGCUAAGGUGGAAUGUAAGAGCGAGCAAAUAUCUGACGUUGUGCCUGAUCCCUUAUUAACCGAGGACAGUAAAGAAAUACUGAUUGACUGGGUUGCUUCUGGUGUUGUGGAAAAGGCUGAUCCGGAUACUAGCCAGACUUCCUUUCCCUCUCUCACUCCCACGGAUCAAUACUUCGGCCAGUCUAUUAAGGUCGAAAGUGCUCCUUUUGAUUCCCAGCUAAUGGACUCGUUUGCCUUUCCCUUUCAAGGCUCGGAGCACACCAACACUCCUCUACACUCGGCUCCAACCUCCAACGAUAAUAUGUUACUUGUUGAAACUCCCGAAGGAACUCUCUUGUAUGUGCGACAAGAAGAAGAUUGUAUUAAUGGUACGAAGAUUUCCAUAUUUUCCAAAGACGGUGAACCGAUUGAGGAUGAGACUUUGUUGAAUCAAGUGGCUGUUGCUCUUGCCGACUACCCAGUCCAGGAUGACGUUGAAAACAACCUUCUCGAGGGUGACUUGACUGACCCCCUUGAGGCGGACAAACUGGCAGAGAAGCUUGGCAUGCCGCGGCGAGUUUUGCCGUUGAGCGAAGAGGAGGCGGAAUUUGAGUAUGCCGUGGAUAAGGAGGCGCUGCUGUCACAGCUCAUCCAAUUUGCCAGCGACGGGGAGCGAAUGGGAUCCUCGCUUUGUGUAGAUGGCGUUGCCUAUCUGCCUACGGAGAAGGCCCUGACAUCAUGGUGCAAUUCCUACGGACUCACAGUUGCAGAGUUCGUCAGUUUCAAACAAUUUACAGUUUCGUUUUUCUAUGAGGGUUCUGAUUUCUUUCUUCGGGCUUCCUAUGAUUCCGAUUAUGGUUCAAUCACCUUCAGCAAUCAAACGUCGCUGUAG